GAUUAACAUUGGGGAGACAAUUUUGUGAUCUUUGAGUCACCCGUGGAGUAAUGUGGACAGAAGUUCUCAACCUUGCAUGUUACAUCAACCAGAACCAGCGGUGUAUAUUAAUGUUCACUUAAAUCAGAACUUGUAUAAGAAAAAGAAUGGGAGUCUGGUUAAAUAAAGAUGACUAUGCCGGAGACUUGAAAAGGGUCAUUCUCUGCUUUCUAAUAGUGUAUAUGGCCGUUGUAGCGGACACAGAUCAGGAUUUUUACAGUUUACUUGGAGUAUCCAAAACUGCAAGCAGUAGAGAAAUAAGACAAGCUUUCAAGAAGUUAGCAUUGAAGCUUCAUCCUGAUAAAAACCCGAAUAACCCAAAUGCACAUAGUGAUUUUUUAAAAAUAAAUAGAGCGUAUGAAGUACUCAAAGAUGAAGAUCUUCGAAAAAAGUACGACAAAUACGGAGAAAAGGGACUUGCCGAUAAUCAAGAAGGAGGCCAGUACGAAAGCUGGAAUUAUUAUCGUUAUGACUUUGGUAUUUAUGAUGAUGAUCCUGAAAUCAUAACAUUGGAUAGAAGAGAAUUUGAUGCUGCUGUUAAUUCUGGAGAACUGUGGUUUGUGAACUUUUACUCUGCAGGAUGUUCACACUGUCAUGAUUUAGCUCCCACAUGGAGAGACUUUGCUAAAGAAGUGGAUGGAUUACUUCGAAUUGGAGCCGUUAACUGUGGCGAUGAUAGAAUGCUUUGCCGAAUGAAAGGAGUGAACAGUUAUCCCAGCCUCUUCAUAUUUAGGUCUGGAAUGGCUGCAGUGAAAUACCAUGGUGACAGAUCAAAGGACAGUUUGGUGAGCUUCGCCAUGCAGCAUGUCAGAAGCUCAGUGACAGAACUGUGGGCAGGAAAUUUUGUUAACGCAAUACAAACUGCUUUUGCCUCUGGUAUUGGCUGGCUGAUAACAUUCUGUUCCGAAGGAGGAGAUUGUUUGACUUCACAGACACGUCUCAGGCUUAGUGGCAUGUUGGAUGGUCUUGUUAAUGUAGGAUGGAUGGACUGUGCCACUCAGGCCAACCUUUGUACAAGUUUGGAUAUAACAACAAGUUCUACUGCCUAUUUUCCUCCUGGAGCCACUUUAAAUAACAAAGAGAAAAGCAAUGUUUUGUUUCUUAAUUCAUUGGAUGCUAAAGAAAUAUAUUUGGAAAUAAUGCAUAAUCUUCCAGAUUUUGAACUACUUUCAGCAGACACACUAGAGGAUCGUUUGGCUCAUCAUCGAUGGCUCUUAUUUUUUCAUUUUGGAAAAAAUGGAAAUUCAAAUGAUCCUGAGUUGAAGAAACUAAAGACUCUACUUAAAAAUGAACAUAUUCAAAUUGGCAAGUUUGACUGUUCCUCUGCACCAAAUAUCUGUAGCAAUCUGUAUGUUUUUCAACCAUGUCUAGCAGUAUUUAAAGGACAAGGAACCAAAGAAUAUGAAAUUCAUCAUGGAAAGAAGAUUCUCUAUGAUAUACUUGCCUUUGCCAAAGAAAGUGUUCAUUCUCAUGUUACCACACUUGGACCUCAAAAUUUUCCUGCCAAUGACAAAGAACCAUGGCUUGUUGAUUUUUUUGCCCCUUGGUGUCCACCAUGUCGAGCUUUAUUGCCAGAGUUACGAAAAGCAUCAAAGCAUCUUUAUGGUCAGCUUAAAUUUGGUACACUAGAUUGUACAGUUCAUGAGGGACUUUGUAACAUGUAUAACAUUCAGGCUUAUCCAACUACAGUGGUGUUCAACCAGUCCAAUGUUCAUGAAUAUGAAGGCCAUCACUCUGCUGAACAGAUCUUGGAGUUCAUAGAGGAUCUUAUGAAUCCUUCAGUGAUCUCCCUGUCACCCACCACUUUCAAUGAACUAGUUAAACAAAGAAAACAUGAUGAAGUCUGGAUGGUUGAUUUCUAUUCUCCAUGGUGUCAUCCAUGUCAAGUUUUAAUGCCAGAAUGGAAAAGAAUGGCCCGGACAUUAACUGGACUAAUCAAUGUGGGCAGCAUAGACUGCCAACAGUAUCAUUCUUUUUGUGCUGAAGAAAAUGUUCGAAGAUACCCUGAGAUAAGAUUUUUCCCCCCAAAAUCAAAUAAAGCUUAUCAAUAUCAUAGUUACAAUGGUUGGAAUAGGGAUGCCUAUUCCCUAAGAAUUUGGGGUCUAGGAUUUUUGCCUCAAGCAUCCAUAGAUCUUACGCCUCAGGCCUUCAAUGAAAAAGUUUUACAAGGGAAAAACCAUUGGGUGAUUGACUUCUAUGCUCCUUGGUGUGGACCUUGCCAAAAUUUUGCCCCAGAGUUUGAGCUCUUGGCCAGGAUGAUUAAAGGAAAAGUGAAAGCUGGAAAAGUAGACUGUCAGGCCAAUGCCCAAACAUGCCAGAAAGCUGGUAUCAGAGCCUAUCCAACUGUUAAAUUCUUUCCCUACGAAAGAUCAAAGAGAAAUAUUGGGGGAGAGCAAAUAGACUCCAGAGAUGCAAAACAGAUUGCUGCUUUAAUAUAUGAAAAAUUGGAAAAUCUCCAAAAACAUGGAAUGAGAAAUAAGGAUGAACUUUAAUGAUAGUGAAGAUGAAGAAAAAGUUGGAAAUUCUGACAAAUGACAUCAGAAGAUAUCUUUUUAGACUGUUACUACAUUCAUGGUGGGAAUAAGUGAGCAUUAUAUUGGACUUGUAAUUGCACUGUCUAAAUUCUAUACAACAUUGGUAUGAAUGAAAGGUCUGCAAGCUUUCUAUAAUGUGUCAGGUCAUAAAUAUUUUAGGCUUUGUAGACCAUAUGCAGUUCUUUGUCACAUAUGCUGUUUUGCUUUGUUUACAACCCUUUGAAAAAUAUAAAAACCACUCUUAGCUGAGGGCCAUCUACAAAUAGACCACAAGUCACAUUCAGCCAUGAGCCAUAGAUUGCUGACUACUGGAAAUGAUGUUUGGGCUGGCUGGCUUGAACAUGAUUUUGCUCUGCUAGUGACUAUGUCUAAGUGGUACAAAGUGAACUCUAUCACUUAAUGUGUUGUGGCUCACCUGAAAAAAGAGAACUUGGUUUUCAAUCACCUGUUCUUCUAAAAAUUCUCUGAAAUUGAUUCUCUAAUCAUAUAUUUCAUUUUCAAAAAAAUGUGAUGUGGCAAAAUAAACAGAUACCCUAUUUUCAUGAUGUAUUAUAGUGAAGUGAUUCUUCAUUCUUUUCUUAAAGGUUAAAGAAUUAAUUUUAAUUUUCUACAGUUGAGAAAAAUUUUUGUAACAGUGAGUAAGCAAAUUCUAUAGAUUUCUACAGGAUCCAGAAAUUCCUUGAAAAAAAAAUAUGUACAGCAAUUAACAGGUCACUGUAGAGUAUCCCAAACAUAUGGAGCACUUAGAGUUCUAUAUUUUAAAGAUACGUGUUAAUUUAUUUUCUAAAUAUUUUUCAUAAAGGUUUUUCCUGUGAUACUAAGUAACUUUUGAAGCAUCUUUCUAAUAUUUAUGUUUUUGCCUUUUGGGCUCUUUUGUUGUGUAUCCUUUAUUUCCAUUUGCCUGUUUUUCUUCAUAAUUGUUGUUUUUCACUAUUGUCUAUUCUCUUCAUUUUUCAAACAGGAAAAAUAACUGCAGUUUCACUAUAACUCAUACUGAUAAUGUAGCCAUUCCAAUUAUUAAUUGGAGGCUAUCAUGUUCAGAUAAAUAUUGGCACAAUAACAAGUUAUUUUUGUAAGAAAAGUAUAUAAAUCUAAGAAUGAGAUCUUUUAGUUUCUCAGUUGUUCAGAAUCAAAUAAUUAUAAUUCAGGGUAUGUGCGAUGGUAAAAAUUCCAGUUGAGCAAAAAAGAGGUCAUUGAAUUUAAAAAAUAAGUUUUCCCAAAAACCUAUUAGGAUUAUGCUUUAUUAUAUUGGAAGAGAUUUGUUUUUUUAAAUAUCAUUUUACCUCCUAACCCCAAAAUGUCCUCAUAUUUUAUAGCUCCGAUUGAUAGAAAAACAUAUUUUUUUAUUUUCAAGUGUAACCCUAUUCUUCAUAGUCUCUCCCAUGUUGUUUUUAGUGUAUUCCUUAAUUCCUUGUCUUAGACCUCAUUUUACACAUGUAGGCACAUACAGAAUAAUUACCACUUUUAGCCUUAAUUUACCACCACCUUUUUGAAUUAUGAUCAGUAAUGGCAAGUGCCUUUCAUUUAUUAAAUUUUCAAAGCCUAGAAAAUGUUUUGAAUUGGCUUGUUUCUAUAAGAAGCCUAAAAUGGAAUCCUAAAGAGGUCCUGGUAAAUAUUUACUGAUUGCUGUACCAGGUAUAUGAAUGCCAAUGUGCUGGACACUGAGGAGUGGACGAACGGCCCAGUGUGUGAUUCACAGUGCUGACGCUGAGUCCAUAAACAAGGAUGCAGGCACCUGUGUGCUACUGCCUAUAAGUAUCAUCCAAACUUAAUUGAAAAACAUCUUAAACAGUAAAUAAAAUAGGAAAAAUUAUGUAUCCUGUAACUUGGCCUAAGUCUGUGCCUGUGGAAUCAGCUGUAAAGCCAGCACUAUCUGGGAGUCAUGUUAAGUAAUGUGAAUCCUGCAGUCACGUCAGUAUCAUUGGUAUUUAAAGGACCGCUGACAGAAUGAAAGGCUGUAAUGGCCACAUUCGUGCAGGAGAGCACCUCUAAAGAUGCCAUUUCUCUCAGCAACCUCAUUGUUGUGUGCAGGUAGCCUCCGGUACCACACCAUUCAUUUCUAGCAGACCAGAGUGCAUCUGUCAGGCAGUUAUUUGAAAAUGAGAUACGUUUAAAUAUGUGAUGAUGUGAAACCAUUUUGAAUGUCUAUUUUUGGUAUUAAUGAUGCUUGCCUAUCUCAGUUGUCCAGUUUUUAACAUCUUUCAUAUCUUUUUUACUUAAAGUAUGUGAUUAAGAUAAAGGGAAAAUAAAAUGAAAUUAUUGUAUAAUGAC